AGAAAACGCGCAUGUCUCGUACAGAUGCUAAACAGAUACGAGAGUAAACAAUGUAAACAUCAGAGAUACAGGUUCCAGGUUUCUUUAACCCCCCCAUCUCCAGCACAUCAGUUGUGAAGAAUCCAUCAGAAAUGGCAGCGGAACGGUGCAUCAAAAUGCUUCCAGUUCGAGGAGAUGUGCUGGUUUUCCAGUGCUCAAAAACUCGAGAUCAUCGACGAGGCUCAGAGGUCUCGUUCUGCCGUUUAUCCUUCGACAGGAACUCCCGGAAGUUCUCUGUUAAAGAUCCCAGCAUGAACCCAAUGCACAAGGACAGCUUGGCUGAAACAGACAUCGUUCACUGUUGCUCCGCCGUGGAUGUUCAACAGAUGCAAAAAGUGCCGUGUGUUUUGCUGCGACUGUGCAAGAAAAGGACCUCUGGGUUUAAAUACAUGCUUUACUCCAUAAGCAGUCCCACCGAUGGAAAGCUUCAUGUUGAAUUUGUGUUACUGUACGAGAUGAGGGAUAAUAUUGCAAUAUUGCAAGGCCCCACAUUGGCGUGGUGUCAUGAAAACACCGUCUUCUACGCAUCCUCUCAGACUGGUGGUGUGAAGGAGCUUCCGAUUCCCUUGACUGCGAUAUUUAUUGGUGAACUGCCCCUUCGUAAAAGAAGCCCAGUGGUUCUAGGCACCCAAAGUGCCACUGGCCUGAGUGAACAGUUCAGUGCCACAGAAGCAAGCAACAUACUUUACUUCAUGGAGGAUGGGAGAACGUUUAACGGUGCGUGUCUUGUGCAGAAUGCGUACAGCUCUGUUAUCAGAUGUGUGAAUGUUCUCUCUGUCCAAGAGCACAAUGGGUCUUUGAGAUCAUCUGUACUGGCGGCCACAAGCAUGAAACAGCUGGUUUAUUUUGAGAACGGACUUCCUCGCGAUGUUUGCCCUCUGCCGUGUGAGCAACCUCUGAAAAUUGAGAUGCUUCAUACUCCGAGAAAUGACAGUCUCAUUGUUAUUACCUUCAAUGGGGGUAAUAUUUGUUCUGUGUGGAAAAACACGUUCCAGGUGGCGUGUUGUUGGUCAGGUGUGCAUCUGCUCCUCAUCGAUGACUUCCUGGGAUGCGGGAGUGAUCAGAUACUGUUGGUGUUUGAAGAGCAGUGUUCUUCAGGAGAGCUACUGAGCAACUUUCUCCUCACGGAUCUGUGUGGCAUCACUUACUCUUGUGGAAGAGACGGUGAGGUCCUGAAUACAUCAGACACGGCUCAGGAAAACCAUCUUCUCACGGUGCAAGCCUUAGAGUCCAGACUGCAGAGUGGCCUGAACGUCCUGGAGGAGCUUCAGGGAGACGUGUAUGUGAAGGACAGAGUCUUACAGCAGUCUUUACUGGCUUUAACUGACCUGAUAUCAGGCAGAACACACGUGAUAUCUGCUCCAGAACAGGAGGGUCUUGUGUCUCUGUGGGAUGAUGAUGAUGAUGAUGAUGGAGCGGUUGACGUCUGGGAUGAUCAGAUGCACACUGAAUGUGCUGAAGCUCGAGUGAAGGUGGAUCGAGUUUGGCAGAGAGUCAUCGGGCAGAGUUUGGUGUUUGGUGCCGUUCUGACAACAACAACAACUAAUAACAUGUCUGUAGAGAAUAUAAGCGGUUCAAUCGUAGCAGAACAUAGUGGAUCUGCUCCUGUUGCUGUGAAUAGCAGGAGUAAAACACUUCAGUACCGCACAUCAGAUAUGACUCUCAGUCAUGACCCGUUUGCGGCAAAGAAGAUCAGACAGGCUGAUUGUCCAGAUGAUGAGAUCAUGCCAACUCUUGCCCUGCUCACUGUCACCGAUUUGACUCCUAUAUUGACCUCUGGCAGCGGCAAAUGCUCCCUCAUGCUCCAUUACGGCGGCAAAUCACUCGGACCUUCUUCUGAAGCAUGCGGUCGGGUUUCUCAACACUGCGGGAAAAUCUCCCUGGACAUAAAAGAUGUUUCACUGGGAAAGUUUCAGCCCCGACUGUUAAAAGACUCCAAACUCAACACGGAAGAGGCGAGAGAAGAUCUGCUUAGUCUGAUGGCAGUGUACGACGUGUGGUGGUUCCUCAUUGAGAGCUCUGAUCACACACUGACGGAUGUGCAGCGCUGGUUGCAGGAGUUCCUGCAUGCUGAGCGACUGGAGGUCGAGCCGCAGUAUUCUGCAUGCUUAUCUACAGCCAUGCUCUUUCACUGGCAGCAGAACACGCCUUUUCAGGGAGUGCUGACAGUCCACUGCAGAGACGAGCUGCAGUUGCUGCAGUUCCUGCAUUCGCUCGGUGACUUCCUGCCCGUGUCACAUCACAUACAGCUGCUCAAGACCCCCAGGGCACGCCGAGACGCUCUGGCUCUCACUCAGACUCUGGAGUCAGAGAUACAGACUGUAACUCAGGAGGUGUCGUCUGUACUGCAGUGUGAUGAAGAUAUAAAGAGAGAAGAAACAUCCGCCGCCUCCUCAGAGCAGCUCCAGAGACUGAGAGACGAGUGGCAGAGCGAAAGAGACCGCUACAAUAAAAGACUGCGACCUCUGGUGGACGCCACACGCUACAGCACACUCGUGGAGCGCUUGAUUCACACGCAACUGCGCGGUGAUGAAGUCGCGCUUAUGGAAGCACAGGCGACUGAAGUUCAAGGAAUAGUUCAUCCAUAAAUGAAAAUCUCACUUGUGUCAUUCUAAACUGGUAUGGCUCUCUUACAACUGGGAAACUCAAAAGGAGAUGUUCGGCAGAAUGUCUGGGCAGAUCUUUUCCAUUUAAUAAUAGUAUAUUCAAUAUUGGUUGUAAAUAUUUACCUUCAAUCUCCAAAAAGGACAUAAAAGUAUUAUAUAUGACUCGAGCACUUUAAGUCUUCUGAAGCCGUACGGUAGCGCUCUCAAGCCUCAUUUGCAUCUCAUUAAAUGUCACAAUCACAAUCAGUCGUGUUUUAAAGUAAUAUUUCGGGUUCAAUACAAGUUAAGCUCAAUCGGUAGUAUAUAUGGCAUAAUAUUGAUUACCGAAAAAAUGUUAAAUCUUUAAUAAAAGCACAAAUGUGUUCUAAUGUGGCACUUCCAAUGCAAGUCUAUGGGGUUUAAUCUGUAAACAUUAAAAUACUGUUUCAAAAGUCACAAGACAUAAACAAUAUGUGUGUUAACAUGAUUUUACUGUCACUAAAUCACUCACUGACCACAUCUGUGUGACGAUAUAGAUGAUUUUACAACAUCGUUGCCAUGGCGACGUAAAUCCUAAAAUGACGAUUCAAAUAAUGUUACUGCUCAAAUAACAGAAAAAUGAAUGCAAGUGAUUUUAUAAAAUUAUAAGCGUCACAUUUCUUACUUUAAACCCUCCAAAAAUUGCCGCCAUUGACUUCCAUUGUAAGUGUCCCGCUGGAACACACAGGUGUGCUUUUAUAAAGAAAAUGAGGAACGAGUUGAAAUUUGUUUUUAUGGUUAUCAACAUUAUGCCACAAAUGCUGUCGGCUGAUCUUAAAGGGAUCAUCACAAAGUGUCCCACAACGGUUUGGUUACAAACAUUCUUCAAAAAUAUCUUCCUUUGUGAUCAGCAGAACAAAGACACUUGUUCAGGUUUGGAACAACUUGAGGGUGAGUAAAUGAUGACAUAAUUUUCAUUUUUGGCUGAACUAUCCCUUUAAGUUGUGGUGAACACAGAAUAUUCCUUUAAUGGAAACACAAGCGCAAAUGAGAUUCGAGAGGAAGAUUUUCAGUGACAAACAACUUAAACUAUUGUCUGUUCCUCACCCAAAACUAUCAUAUGAGUUAUAUAUAAUAUAAUAUAUCAUGUUAAGAAUAAGAUAAGAAUAUUGCACACGGUCAAAUUAACUACUUUGUGUACUACUUUAAGGGCACUUUUGUGCUGUUUGGGUCAUGUUUCUAGCUUGACAGCAGUGGUCACUAUAAACGGUUGUUGUAUGGAAAAGAGCUGCGUGAACAAUCUUCAAAAUCUCUCCGUUGGGGUUCCAGGGGAAAAUAACAGCAUAUGAGUGUCAAAUGACAUGAGGCUGAAUAAACAGUGGCACAAGUUCCGAUGUGAAUGUAAUAUCUUGCUGAUAUUAAUAAAGCAGUGCUUGUUACAUUGCCGGCAUCUUUCAGCUUGUCGUCCGGGGAGUGUUUGUGGGUCCAGAUGUCUCACGGUGCUUCACGCCUCUAGUAUCUCUGUGACAUUUCAACAGGAAACUCUAAAGCUGCCCUCAGUCCCAAAACGACUCAUCCAGUCAUAUCUCGCCCUGCAGGUCCUCCUCAGGGGGACACGUGUGUGGUUCAUGUCCUCUGGGACAGUUAUUGCUAUUUGUAGAAAGCUUGUUGUUCACUAUGCAAUAUGUACGUUUCAUCAACAGCGCUUUAUUCAAUGAUUGAAUUAAAUGUGACUAAUCAAAGUUGUGACCUCGUACUAUGUAAUGAGCCAUCAGGGGUAGUUAGUUCAUACAAACUAAUUUUGGGGAAAGUGUUUUUAGUGAACAGGACUUCAUGCAACUGUAUAAUGAAUGACCUUACUUACUUACUUUUCUGCAUUUUUGCUUUUGAAGGGAAGAAAACUCCAGACGUCCCUGUCCCUGUCUAGACUGACGGUCUGGGAAGUAAAAUGGUUUCCAUGGUAACUGCCAGCAGCAAGUACACUUGAAGUGGACGAUUGUUUUGAUUGAGCAUUUUUAAUGGCAGCUCUGUUUGUAUUAACACUAUAAAGCCUGACAUAUUAAAUAAUAGUCAGA